AUGAACAACGCGGUGUUUGGCAAGACGAUGGAGAACGUGCGCAAGUACACCGACGCACGACUCGUUAUAAAAUGGGAAGGACGAUACGAUGCAAAGGCGCUCAUUGCAAAACCAAACUUCCACAGUCGCAGCGUGUUCGCUGAAGAUCUGGUGGCCAUAGAACUGUGUCGUCUGGAAGUUUUAUUCAACAAACUGUUGUACGUUGGUAUGUGCAUACUCGACAUAUCGAAGACCUGUCUUUACAAAUUCCAGUAUGACUACAUGGCACCGUUGUACGGUGACGAUUGCAAGAUCCUCUACACCGAAAUCGACAGUUUGAUAUACCACAUAAAGUGCGAGGACGUGUACGAGAAUAUGAAGCACGAUAUCGCUCGCUUUGAUACAAGCGACUAUCCAGUAAACAAUCCAUACAACAUGCCUCACGCGAACAAGAAGGUACCAUGGCUUAUAAAAAAUGAGAACAACGGUGCUGUUAUGACGGAGUUUGCAAGUUUGCGCGCAAAGAUGUACGCGACUCGAGUAGGCGACAGAAAGUGCACGAAGAAAGUGAAGGGUGUGAAGAGAAACGUCGUCGCAAAAAUGAUCACCUUUGAUGACUACGUGCGGUGUCUGCGAAACGCAACCAAAUUGACGCGACAGCAGUCGUGCAUACGAUCUCAGUUGCACGAGGUGUUCACCAUGUCGGAAUGGAAGCUCGCUCUGAGUCCGCACGACGACAAGCGAUACGUCGUUCAUAGACCGAGACCUUACC